AUGACCUCGCUCAGCCGCUCCGGCACACUCGGGCGAUCCGGCACCCUGGGUCGAUCCGGCACUCUCGGCCGCGGUAACACUAUCGGUCGCUCCAAUACCAAGUCCUCGCUGCACCCCAACAUCCCCUCGCAGUCCUAUGCUCUCCUGGACGAUCAGGGCGUUCGCACCAACCUGGGCCACACCAACCUGAUCAUGGCCCUUCUUUCCGAGUCGUGGCUGUUCUCGACAAUCUUCAUCAUCGGCGCCACCUACCUCCUGACCUUCUAUAACUGGUUCCCUGGAUCCGUGCCCGACGACUAUCAGCUCUGGAACACCUCUUGCUACUGGAAACUGGGCCUGCUGCUGCCGCUGCCCUACACGCUGAUCUGCUUCCUCGGUCUGGCGCUGCCGUUCCGCACUCCAAAGUUCAUCUACAACGAUUCGCUCCGCAAGAGAAAGAUCGACAACCUGUACAUCCUGACAGUCACCAAGGGCGACAACCGCGAUGCCGUCUAUCGAUCCUGGAACGCCCACAAGCACCUCGAGCGACUGGACCCGUGUGUCCGCGUCCAUGUGCUCACGGACGAGCCCUAUUUCUUCGAGAACAUCAACUGCUACACCUGUCCCAAGAGCUUUGCCACCGGCCGCUCCAAGUACAAGGCCCGCGCCCUCGAGUGGUACCGCCAGACCAUGAAGUUCACGGAGCGUGACUGGGUGCUGCAUCUCGACGAAGAGUCUGUCAUUGAUGACGAGUCCGUGCGCCGUGUGCUCCGGUUCAUCUGGUACGAGCACGACUGCACGUGGGGCCAGGGUGUGAUCCUCUACAACCAGUACAACUACUGGAAGAACUGGAUCUACACUGUUGCGGACGCACUGCGAGUCGGCGACGACGUGUCGCGGUUCCAGCUGCAGUACACGUACUUCAAGCGACCGAUCUUUGGAGCGCACGGAUCGUUCCUGCUGACCAACGGAGCAGUUGAGAAUGCGGUGACUUGGGAUCUUGGCAGUUUGACUGAGGACUACCAGUUCGCGAUGCAGGCUUGGGAUAUGGGAUUCAAGUGCGGCAAGGUGCCCGCCAUCAUCCGCGAGCAGUCGCCCAUGCGAUUCAUCGACUUUUUGAAGCAGCGUCGCCGCUGGUACGUCGGCAUCCGCCGACUGCCCGAGUUCCUCCCUCGCGUCUGGGCCUUCUUCUGGACGCUCUCGGUCGUCAGCAUCGUCUCCCUCAUCGUGACCGUCAUCCUCGGCUUCGUUCUGCUCCAACCUAUGCCCGACGGCACCUUCCAGCACUACACGACCCCUCGCUGGUUCGUGUUCUUGACCAACUUCUCGUGGGUUGUGUUCAUGUAUCUGUACUUGAUCGGCAACUUCAUCCAAGACCUCGACAAGGGCGCCAACAUCUUCCUGGUGAUUGCGCGCAUUCCGGUGACGCUGAUCCUCCAGCUGAUUGCUUCGCUGAUGGAGGCGGCUGCUGUCUUGUACGGCAUUGUUGAUCCUCCCAAGGACUUUGAUGUCAUCAAGAAGUAA